AUGCAGGAAAGAUUGGUCAUCUCCACUGGCAAGCUUCUGCUACUGAAGGGUAAAACCUGUGAGACGUACCUACAGAUGAAAUGGCCCCUCCUCGAUGUCCCAUCCAGUGCCACAGUCAAGGACACCAGGUCACCAUCCCCGGCACACUUGUCUAAUAAAGUUCCUGUUGUUCAGCCCCCGCAUCACAUGCACCCGUUGACGCCCCUCAUCACCUACAGCAACGACCACUUCUCCCCUGGCUCCCCUCCCACACAUCUCUCCCCAGAGAUUGAUCCAAAGACAGGAAUCCCCCGGCCCCCUCACCCAUCUGAGCUGUCUCCAUAUUACCCACUGUCUCCUGGAGCUGUCGGACAAAUCCCUCAUCCUCUCGGCUGGCUCGUCCCGCAGCAAGGACAGCCCAUGUACUCCCUUCCUCCUGGUGGCUUCCGGCACCCCUACCCUGCCCUCGCCAUGAACGCCUCAAUGUCCAGCCUGGUUUCCAGUCGGUUCUCUCCUCACAUGGUGGCUCCGGCCCAUCCUGGUCUGCCCACCUCAGGGAUUCCCCACCCCGCCAUCGUCUCCCCCAUUGUCAAGCAGGAGCCAGCACCCUCCAGCCUGAGCCCCGCCGUGAGCGCGAAAUCACCAGUCACGGUGAAAAAGGAAGAAGAAAAGAAACCCCACGUGAAGAAGCCUCUUAAUGCCUUCAUGUUAUAUAUGAAGGAGAUGAGGGCCAAGGUGGUGGCCGAGUGCACCCUGAAGGAGAGCGCGGCCAUUAACCAAAUCCUGGGAAGAAAGUGGCACAACUUGUCCCGAGAAGAACAGGCCAAGUACUAUGAACUGGCCCGGAAGGAGCGGCAACUUCACUCCCAGCUCUACCCGACCUGGUCAGCCCGGGACAACUACGGUAAGAAAAAGAAGAGGAAGAGAGAAAAGCAGCUGUCACAGACACAGUCCCAGCAGCAAGUCCAAGAGGCAGAGGGUGCUCUGGCCUCCAAGAGCAAGAAGCCAUGUGUUCAGUACCUGCCCCCCGAGAAGUCGUGUGACAGCCCUGCCUCUUCCCACGGCAGCAUGCUCGACUCCCCGGCCACCCCCUCCGCGGCCUUGGCGUCGCCUGCUGCCCCUGCUGCAACCCACUCGGAGCAAGCCCAGCCCCUCUCCCUCACCACCAAGCCGGAGAGCCGGGCCCAGCUGGCUCUACACUCGGCCGCCUUCCUGUCCGCUAAGGCGACAGCCACCUCCUCUGGCCAGAUGGGCAGCCAGCCCCCACUCCUCUCCCGGCCCCUCCCCCUCGGGUCCCUGCCCACAGCUCUGCUGACUUCCCCCCCCUCCUUCCCCACCACGCUCCAUGCCCACCAGGCCCUCCCGGUCCUCCAGGCCCAGCCUCUUUCCUUGGUUACCAAGUCUGCCCACUGA